AUGGCACUUGAGGGAUGGACUGAACCUAGUGAUGACAACAUUGGCCGCUUGAUCGUGAAUGAACGGUCCAUCACAAACAUUGCCCAUAAUGAUCCAGGCAGCCAAGAUAGUCGAGCAGAGAACCCGGUGAUUGAAUGGUAUCCAGGCAAACUCCGGGUCACAGAGCACUUCUUCCAGGUGCCCCGUGACUACUCCAACCCUUCCUCCGGUACCAUACAGCUAUUCGCCCGCUCUGCUCUCAAAGCAGAGAAACCAGCAGAUUACACGGCAACGUCACACAUUGACCCGAAAAAGACGCAAUUACCAUGGCUCGUCUAUCUCCAAGGUGGUCCCGGCUUCGAGUGCCGACCUCCCCAGCAGAUGCCCUUUACUCAGGCCAUCCUCGACAAAGGCUACCAGAUCCUCAUGCUUGACCAACGCGGUACUGGCCUGUCAACCGCAAUCAGCCAGUCGAGUCUGCAGCUGCGUGGCGACGAGAAGGUGCAAGCAGAGUACAUGAAGAGUUUCCGCGCAGACAGCAUCGUCAAGGACUGUGAAGCCAUACGCAAAGCGCUCACGGCAGACUAUCCCGAGGAUAAGAAGCAAUGGAGUAUCAUGGGCCAGUCAUUUGGUGGCUUCUGCUGCACCACCUAUCUCUCCUUCCACCCAGAAGGUGUCAAAGAAGCGUUUUUGUUCGGUGGCCUGCCGCCGUUGCGCACCCAACCAGAUGAAGUGUACACGCGCGUGUAUGAACGCGUCAAGCAGCGAAACGAAGCCUACUACGCAAAGUAUCCCGAGGACGUGGAUCGCGUCAAGCGCAUCAUAAAGCUGCUUUCACGAUUCGGAGAUACCACUGUUCGCGCCCAGGGCGGCGAAGGUUACCUGUCUGCUCGCCGAUUUCUGCAACUCGGCAUAUACUUUGGCAAGCACGAAGGCUUCGAAGAUGUGCAUGCCCUCGUUCUCAGAGCCGAUACCGACCUUACUCAGUUUGGCCAUCUAACGCGACCGUCGGUGCUCGCGCUGGAGGCUGCGCAAAGCUUUGAUUCAAACGUCAUCUAUGCCCUGCUACAUGAGCCGAUUUACUGUCAGGGCGAAUCUUCCAAUUGGUCUGCAGAGCGUAUGCUCGAAAAAUUUCCCGAAUUCUCCUUGGAGAAUGUCGAUAGCGACAAGCCGGUUUACUUCACGGGCGAGACGAUUCACCCAUUCAUGUUCGACACCUAUGCGGAGCUCAUCAAGCUGAAGACUGUGGGGGAGAUGCUAGCUGCGGAGAAGAAUUGGCCGAAACUGUAUGACCAGGAGCAGCUGAAGAAGAACAAGGUACCGACAUACGCAGCGGUGUACUUGAACGACAUGUAUGUUGAUUACGACUUGAGUAUGGAGACGGCAAGGGCCAUCAAGGGAUGCAAGCCUUUUGUGACAAACUCGAUGUACCACAACGCCAUUGGCGCAAAGACGGACGAUGUAUUGAAGGAGGUAUUUGCUCGGAGGGACGAUGUCAUCGACUAA